GGAAUAUAUAUAGAUCGAUGGAGCGACAUGCAGGCCUCACAACACGAACACUCAACGUUCUUCCAACGAUCUGUCGCCUCUGCAGCUCCUGAACUGCGACAUCUCGCUCGAUUGACAUGCCUGGCGACAUGAGCGAUCCCACAAGAUCAGAAACCUCGACAGUAGUCAUGAGCACACCGCCUCCAGAAAAAGGAAAGUCUUCGGACAUGUCCGAUCAUACAUUAAAAGCUCGUCCAUGGAGACGAUACAUCACGCCUUGGGAUCGGAUCGUCUCGCACGACUAUCCAGGACAAGGGACCGAGGAGGAUCCUUACCUGAUCGACUGGCUGCCAGGCGAUGAGCCCGAUCCCGAGAAUCCUAUGACGUGGAAGACGUCCUACAAAUGGGUAGUGACGGUCACGGCAGCUGUUGCCACUCUAGCUGUUGCGAUGGCCAGUAGUACCUUAUCUGCUGCCACCAACUCGAUUCGUGAUAGCUUCCCUGGAUACAAGGUACAAGCAUACGUGAUGGUAACAAGCGGAUUCGUCUUGGGUUUCGUCGUCGGACCGCUAUUAUGGGCGCCUAGCAGCGAACUGUUUGGUCGGCGGAACCUAUUCAUCUUCACCUACAUCCUUUUCACGAUCUUCAACGGAUCCGUGAUCGCGUCUCAAAACAUCUGGACCCUGAUCGUAUUGAGAUUCUUCGCUGGUACCGCGGGUAGUUCCCCAUUGACGAACGCAGGUUCCGUCAAUGCCAAUCAGAGAGGACUCGGUAUGGCUGUAUUCUCGGCUGCGCCCUUCCUUGGUCCCGGAAUCGGUCCUAUCAUCGGAGGUUUCUUAGGAGAGACUGGUGGAUGGCGUUGGGUCGCUGCGUUGAUCGCCAUGUUCAGCGGCAUCCUUACCAUCGUUGGCUUCUUGAUUACCCCGGAAACCUACGCUCCGGUCUUGCUUCAGCGCAGAGCCGCACUGCUUAGCAAAGUCACCGGUAGAGUGUACCGAUACAAAGGAUCGCCCAAAAAGGUCCAGCCCAAACAACUUUUCAAGACGGCUCUAUCCAAGCCUUGGAUCUUGCUCUUUCGAGAACCCAUCGUGUUCUUGCUAUCGCUUUAUCUCGCAAUCGUCUAUGGUACUCUUUACAUGCUGUUCGGGGCGUUCCCGAUUGUGUUCCAGCAAGAGCGAGGAUGGUCACCAGGCAUUGGCGGUCUGGCCUUUGUGGGAGUGCUCGUAGGAUUCGCCAUCGCCGUCUUGUGGACGAUCUUCAUCGAAAACCCUCGCUACACCCGCAAGAACGACGCUGAGGGUUGGCUUCCGCCAGAGCAGCGUCUCGUUCCCGCUUUGAUAGGAGGUCUGCUUUUACCGUACGGACUGUUCGCUUUCGCAUGGACCGCUUCGCCCAAAUCGAUCCAUUGGAUAGCACCGAUCAUCUGUUCGAUGCCGUUUGGAAUGGGGAUGGUUCUCGUCUUCUUGUCAAUCUUCAACUAUCUGAUCGACUCGUACCUGUUGUACGCGGCGUCAGUGCUAGCGGCCAACUCGGUGUUACGGUCAUUGUUCGGCGUAGCGUUCCCGCUUUUUGUCUCGAAUAUGUAUGCCAAUCUGGGCGUGAACUGGGCCAGUACUUUGGUCGCUUUCUUGUCUUUGGCCUGCGCCCCGAUGCCCUACGUUUUCUUCAAAUUUGGUCGUACUAUUCGGCGAAAGAGCCCGUAUAGUAGGGAAGCGGACGACAUGGGACAGAAGCUGCGCGAGCAAGCUCUGAAGAAUCACGGAGAGAAGAAGGCAUGAUAGGAGCUCAUGUGAUGUAACAUAGAUGGAUGUAUCGCUUUGCGCGUUGACUAAUAUAAUAAGGAUUGACAAAUUCAAG